AUGGCCACCAUUUUCACAACAGAGCACUGCUGUAAUGUCACACGACACUGGGUGAACCCCCUAUUCAAGCUCGCAAAUACCACAGAAAGGUUAUUCGAGGCGGAGAAAGCAUUGCAGGUACUAGUGCACAACAGAACAGGCUGGAAGCCUCUGGCAGGGCCCUGGAGGCCAAGCAUCCGACCGCUUUCAGGCCACAAGGCGUUCAAUUGGGACCGGACAAAACAUAGGAGGGUGAAACAGCAGGACUGGAGGGCUGGUCAGGCUCUCCACAGCAGUGAAGAGUAA